GCGCCCACACCACCUGCAGCUCCUCUUGCCGCCCGGAACCCACCUCCUGCUGAGGCCCUGCCUCCGCGGGAGAUGGAUGUGGCUGACAUCAGCAAUAUUGGACCCAACUGCAACCUGCAGGAGAAGUUCGCCUUGCUGAGGGACGCGCCAGGGGUGACCCGGUUGUUCCGUGUGUUGUGCCACGAGGACCCCGCCUGGAGCCUCCAGCUGCUGCAGCGCGCCGCGCCCACGCUGGAGCGGCUGAGUGUGUACCACCCCCGCGAGGCCCACCUGCGCGCGGUGCACACCAUCCCGGGGCUGAGGAGGCUUCACGUGGUGGGUGAUACUGCCCUGGGCGCACGGCUCUCCGAGCUGCCCGCGCUGCCGCCGGGGCACGCCGGCCUGCAGUGGCUCAGGGUGGGCAACCUCCCCCGCGCCACGACACAGUCGCUGCUGCGGGCCCACGGGCGCACCCUGGAGAAGCUGCUGCUGUGGGUGGGUACGGGGAGGAAUGAAGGUUGGCCAGGCAGCUGCGGUAACCUGCACAUUCUGCUGCAGCAGAGCUGGCUGAGCGCCCUCAGGUGUCUCGUGCUGCGGAGGCCGGGUAGGAGCCACGAGCCAGCCGCCUGCAGGGAGCAGCGCGCCAAGGUGCGGCAAGUGCUGCCCGGGUCCGAGGUGUUGUGCGACACGUGUGACGGUGUGAGGCUGGAAGAGGUGUAGGGGCGGCGAGAAGCGGGGCUACAGGGCCACCGGGGUGUGUUGGAGUUCAAGGCGCAGACAACAUCCCUCGUGAUCUGUAAGCACGGCGGGACAAGGCACUGCGAGCGCACUGACGUUACCUGGUGGCCGGACACAGGCGCAGCCCACUCCUCGCGUGUGUUUAGUGGUGACUUGUCGCGUCGGUUGGCAAAACUCCUGCCGACCGGACCGCGCCUCGCGCUUGGCGGACCACACUGCAGUCCGCCAACCCUUAAAUCACUCAUUCGUGUACUGCAUUAUUCAAUGAAGACAUAUAAUUUAACAUGUAUGGGUACGGAUUGAAAAUAA